GUACAUAAGGACCAGGAAGAGACGUAUGGAAAUGGGAUUGAGUGAGUGGGGGAGGGUCGUCUAUUUAUGAGGUGCUCUAGGAGUAUCAGAAGCUAGGCUUGGAUAACAACAGAAAGGAAAUGAGGGAUCCUUUGGUUAACCCUCGGUCAUCUGGGACUUUCUUGCUCCUGGACCCAAUGGGACAUCUCAGGCCCUCCUGAAAGUCUCCUACCAUCAGUUUCUUGCCAUCAGUGGAGCAAGAAAAAGGUGUUCUCUCGUGUCUGGGGUUGCCCUGGGAAUGACAGUGGGCAGACCAGCCCUGCAGCUGUUCCAGACAAAUCCCUGUGAUCACUGAUAUGUGACCUCUCAUGGAGGAGUAACACAAUGGGCGAGGGUCCCGGUGGGACAUGGACCAGUGCCGGGACAGAGUGUGGGGCCAACAGGAGGGUUCUGGGCUCGAAGGGCCUGCCGUACUCUCCACGUGACCUCAGACAACCCCCUUCCCCACCGUGUAUCUUGAUUUCCUCAUCUGUGAACUGAGGGAAGUGUGGACCAUCUGCAUGGUUCUCAGCACACCCUCUGUAUCUCUGUCUGGCUUGUGCCUAAUCCCCACGCCUCUUGUCACCCCACACAGGCACCUUCCUGUCCACAGUUCAGUCUUCUCCCCAAGGAAUGUAGUGUUCCUGCUGCUUCUGUCUCUCUCUUUGGAGGAGACAUCUUCAUCGCCAAUGAAAAGAGUCAAAGAGAAACCAGGAGUGUGCCCCCAUGAGAGGAUCACCUGUGAAACUAAAGUUCCAGAUUGGUGCCAAACUGAUGGGCACUGCGUGGAACAGAUGAAGUGCUGCUCAUUUGCCUGUGGGAAGAAGUGCAUGGAUCCACUCCAAGAACCCUGCAUGCUACCCUCAGACCAAGGAAACUGUAACAGUAAUAUCAUGCACUGGUAUUUUGACAAUAAACAUCACCUCUGCAAACCCUUUACCUAUGGAGGCUGCUAUGGGAAUGCUAACAACUUCAUCAGCAAGGAACACUGCAUAAUGGCUUGCACAUUAAUUGUCAAGAAAGGACAUUGCCCACUCUUCCCUUUCAAGAACCGUAUGGAGUGUUCAUCUCUGUGUAAGAGUGACAUCGAUUGCCCCCAAAGUGACAAAUGUUGUGAAUCCAUGUGUGGCUUUGUUUGUGCCAUGGCCUGGACAGCCAAAUCAGGUUUCUGCCCACACAAGCCUGUGGUGUGUUCCACAUUUGAUAGACCCAAGUGCCUUCAGGAUAAUGAUUGCCCAGUGUCACAGAAGUGCUGUUCACAUUGUGGAUUGAAGUGCCUGGAACCUCAAAAAUGAAUAGUAAGUGGAAACCUUGCCAAGCUGUCUUAAGAAGUAUAACAAUAUUUUAUUCCAUUGAUCUAUGUGUCUGUUUUUGUGCCAGUACCAUACUGUCUUGAUGAUUACAGCUUUGUAAUACAGCUUGAAGUCUGGAACUGCGAUGCCUCCAGCUUUGGUUUUCUUCAAUAAUACUUUGGAUAUUUGGGGUCUUUUCUUGUUCCAUACAAAUUUUAGAAUUGUUUGUUCUACCUCUGUGAAGAAUGCUGAUGUUAUUUUGAUAGAGAUUGCAUUGAAUAUGUUGAUUGCUUUGGGUAGUAUUGACAAUUUAAUAAUAUUUGUUCUUCCAACUCAAGAGCAUGGAAUGUUUUCCUAUUUAUUUUGCAUCUUCAAUUUCUUUCAUAAGCUUUCUAGUUUUUCACGUAUAGAUCUUUUACCUCUUAGGUUUAUUCCUAGGUAUUUUAUGGGUUUUGGUGCAACUGUAAAUGGGAUUGAUUCCUAGAUUUCUCUUUCUGCUGCUUCAUUAUUGGUGUAUAUAAAUGCAACUGAUUUUUGUGUGUUGAUUUUAUAUCCUACAACUUUGCUGAAUUCAUGUAAUCAGUUCUAGCAGUUUUUUGGUGGAGUCUUUGGGUUUUCCAUGUAGAGUAUCAUGUUGUCUGUGAAAAAUGAAGGUUUGACUUCCUCCUUGCUAAUUUGGAUGCCUUUUGUUUCUUUUUGUUGUUUGUUGCUGAGGCUAGGACUUCCAACACUAUGUUGAAUAACAGUGGUGGGAAUGGACAUCCUCGUCAUGUUCCUGACCUUAGGGGAAAGCUCUCCCUUUCCCCCCAUUGAGGGUGAUAUUAACUGUGGGUCUUUCAUUUAUGGCCUUUAUGAUCUUGAUGUAUGUUCCUUCUAUCCCUACUUUCUUGAGGGUUUUUAUCAAGAAAGGAUGCUCUAUCUUGUCAAAUGCUUUUUCUGUAUCUAUUGAGAGGAUCAUGUAGUCCUUAUCCUUUCUUUUAUUAAUGUGAUGUAUCACAUUGAUUGAUUUGUGGAUACUGCACCAGCCCUGAAUCCCAGGAAUAAAUCCCACUUUAUUGUGGUGAAUAAUUCUUUUAAUGUAUUAUUGGACCUGGUUUGGUAAUAUCUUGUUGGGAAUUUUUGCAUCCAGAAAUGGACCCACAAAUAUCUGGCCAACUAAUCUUUGACAAAACAGGAAAGAAUAUCCAAUGGAAAAAAGACAGUCUCUUCAGCAAAUGGUGUUGGGACAACUGGACAGACGUGCAGAAGAAUGAACCUGGACCACUUUCUUAUACCAUACACAAAAAUAAACUCAAAUGGAUGAAAGACCUAAAUUUAAGACAGGAAACCAUCAAAAUCCUAGAGGAGAACACAGGCAGCAAAUUCUUUGACCUCAGCCGCAGCAACUUCUUACUUGAAAUGUCUUCAGAGGCAAGGGAAACAAAAGCAAAAAUGAACUAUUGGUGCCUCAUCAAGAUAAAAAGCUUCUGCACAGUGAAGGAAACAAUCAGCAAAACUAUAAGGCAACUGACAGAAUGGGAGAAGAUAUUUGCAAAAGACAUAUCAGGUAAAGGGUUAGUAUCCAAAAUCUAUAAAGAAAUUACCAAACUCAACACCCCUCCCCCCAAAAAACAAAUAAUCCAGCUAAGACAUGGGCAGAAGACAUGAGUAGACACUUUUCCAAACAAGACAUUCAGGGGCACUUGGGUGGCUUGGUUGGUUGAGCGUCCAACUUCGGCUCAGGUUAUGAUCUCACAGCUCUUGAGUUCGAGUCCCGCGUCAGGCUCUGUGCUGACAGCUCAGAGCCUGGAGCCUGCUUCUGCUUCUGUGUCUCCCUCUCUCUCUGCCCCUAACCCACUCGCAUUCUGUCUCUGUCUCUCUCAAAAAUAAAUCAACGUUAAAAAAUUUUUUAAGAAGACAUUCAAAUGGCUAACAGACACAUAAAAAGAUGCUCAACAUCACUCAUCACCAGAGAAAUACAAAUCAAAACCACAAUGAGAUGCCACCUCACGCCAGUCAGAAUGGCUAACAUUAACAACUCAGAAAACAACCAUGUUGGUGAGAAUGUUAAGAAAGGGGAACUCCUUUGCACUGCUGAUGGGAAUGCAAACUGGUGCAGCCACUCUGGAAAAUAAUAUGGGGGUUCCUCAAAAAGUUAAAAAUAGAACUACCCUACAACCUAACAAUUGCACUGCUAGGUAUUUAUCCAAAGGAUACAAAAGUGCUGAUUCUAAGGAGCACAUGCACCCUAAUGUUUAUAGCAGCACUAUCAACAAUAGCCAAAUUAUGAAAAGAGCCCAAAUGUCCACCAACUGAUGAAUGGAUAAAGAAGAUGUGGUAUACAUAGAUACACAUACAAGUGGUGUGUGUACACACACACACACACUGUAAUAUUACUUGGUGAUCAAAAAGAAUGAAAUAUUGCCAUUUGCAACAAUGUGAUGGAACUAGAGUGUAUUAAUCUAAGUGAAAUAAGUCAGAAAAAGAUAUCAUAUGAUUUCACUCAUAUGUGGAAUUUAAGAAACAAAAGGGAUGAACAUAGAGGAAGGGAAGCAAAAAUAAGAUUGAAAAAAAGAGAGGGGAAACAAACCAUAAAAAACUCUUAAAUACAGAAAAGAAACUGAGGGUUGCUGGAGGGAUGUUGGGUAGGCGGAUGGGCUAAAUGGGUGAUGGACUUUAAGGAGAGCACUUGCUGGGAUGAGCUCUGGGUGUUACAUGUAAGUGAUGAAUCACUAAAUUCUAUUCAUGAAAUCAUUAUUAGACUACAUGUUAACUAACUUGGACUUAAAUAAAAAACAAAAAAAUAAAUAAAUGAGGUUGGAUUAAAAUAUGAAGAAUGGAUUCAGAAAUAUCAUUUGUGAAGCAAAAACAAUAGUAUAUUUAGAAGCAAUGAAAUGGAAAAAAAACACGACAGGUUCUAAGAAAAUAUUCUUGAUUAAAACAAAGCAUUUGAGACAAUUUUAAAAAUUGUUGUUGGGAAAAAAAAGUAUAACAAUAUUUAAUGAGUUUACUUAUAUUUUAUAUAUAAUCAUAUCUGAAAAUGAUGAGUAAUUUGACUCUCAUUUCCCAAUGUCAUGACUUUGUUUUCUUGUCUUUUUGUAUCAUGUAGAGCCUCUGAAAUAAUGUUGAAAAU